UAUUGUCAACUUUUACAAGCAAAAGUAAAGUUUUUAGUUAAACCAAAACUUAAUAUAUUUUGGAGGUUUUUAAACUCACAUACCCAAAAUGAAAUUAAAGCCUAAAACCAUUUAAUAAUGUUCAGCUAUAACGUUAAGUUUAUAACUAGUGAAGAAACACUGUUUCUGAAAAGCGGUGACUUUAAAAGUUUUAAGUAUGAAACAAGGAAACGCUUAGAUGAAAAUAUAUACGAUGCUGGAAAAAGGAGCUAUUGCGAACGCCGCGGUGGUUAUUGGCGAAUACCUAAAUCUAGUCAACUGCGGCAAUUAGAAUCAACUCUAAAAGACCGCAAUAUAGUAGAAUGUAUAUGGGUGAAUGACUUACUGGCUACAUUGGUAUUUUCUUCGGGUGCUAUAGCUUACAUUUCUAUCAAUCCAGAAACAUUAGAUGUCACACAAAUACUUUUUGAUAGGUACUGUGUUGGCAAACUUUCAGGACAAACUGUAACAGGAGUUGCUUUCAGCAAGACCCAUCUACUGUUCACCCACGCUGAGAGAACUGCAACCCUUUUAACAUUUGGAAAGAGCAUUGAAGAUAGCAGUCAUCCUUGUCGGUUGUCAGAUAGAGAUCCACACAUUCAGGUGCUAGAGUUAGGUGGUGCUAGGGGCGCUGAGAGAAGAGUAUCUUGGUGCUGUGAUGGCAGUGGGAUGAAAGUGCUGUUAUGGAGUGCGGCCAGUGCUGAGCCAGCUCCGUGGAGCCCUGUGCUGGAAGAUCUAGCUAAUCUACACUUGUACUAUAUAAAUGGGCAGCAAGUUAGUUUGAUUGCAUUCCAUCAACUAGAAAAUGAAGUAUUAUGUGCGGAGUUAUCACAAAAGAAUGACAAUGUUGUACACAUUGUUGAACAAACUGCUUGUAACAAGGUAAAUAUUUUACAUGAUUUAGAAAAGAAAAUUGUUUGCAAAUAUUUUUUUCUUAAAUCAGAUUGUGAAACUUUUCAGAUACCAACUGACGUGCGGUGGGCGGGCGAGCUGGUGGUGGCGGUGGAGGAAGCGGGACGGCUGCAGUGCUUCGAUCGCGCCCUCUCGCUCUUGCACCAUCAUACGAAGUGCUUGGACUUAGUGUCACAUUUUAGAGAUACGAGAGGUAUGCAAGUGAUAGCGACACGAGAUAUGAAGACUGGUCCGUUGAUACUGGCGCUGUUUGCGGGCGGACCUCUCACACUCCUGCAUAUCACACAUCCCAGACUUUUAACGGCAUGGAUGCGGGCGGAUCGCACAAGUAAUGCUAUCUCGCUCUUACGCGCGAUGGACUGGGAGGAGGAAGGAGUGGACUCACAGCCCACCAUACUACCCGUACCCAUAACACAGAACGAGCCGACAUCCACACACAGCAUCAGACCUAACCUACAUCAAUAUCUAGAAAGAGACAACACUAUAUGGAACACAGAAUUACGAGACGACACAUGUCUUGAUAGAAAAAUGUACGAAGAACAAUUCAAACCGAUCAAAAACCAAACAGUGAAGUGGCAAAGUGUAGACACGUUGAUGAAUUAUAGGAAACCUAUAAGCAACUCCGAUAUACAAAGAUCUCACAUAUUUGAUGCAAUACCAAGAGUACAAGACGACAAGAUUCACUUCAAACAUGUUUAUCAAACUGAUCUGAGAGAAGCGAUACCAACUACAUAUAGAUAUCAGAGUAAUAUCAGCACAAAUGCUAACGGAAGAUUGUACAGACAUGACAGUACUUGGUCGGGGAAACCACUCGAGAAGAAUAAAGUUAAAUUUUCUGAUACUGUCACUGUUGCAGUUGUAUCGGAACCUCCAUCAUCACCGGACACCGCACACGAGUUAGCAGAUAGUCUACCUCUGUGCGCACCCCACAAGUACCUAGCGGCCUUCGCCCCCGCGCCCGUAGUACCGAAGCCCCCACCAAAGCUUCCUACAAAUAAGUUAACAAUCAGCAAGGUGCCAACAAUCGCCAAGUCAAUCGCCACGAGCCCCAUAUCGCCAUCGCCGACGCAAUCGCCAGCCGAGAAUCCUGUUCCACAACCGCCUAAAAUUAAAGUGGUCCAUUUUGGAAUGGUUUAAUGCAAUUUUAAAUUUGUAAAAGUUUAAAAGUCCGUCCAUUAGCUUAGUUUUAUGUCGCUUUUAUAAGACUACCUCAACUUAAGCAUAUUGUAAAACAUACUGCUUUUUAUAUACGUUGAAUAUAUUUUUAUAUUUUCUUUUUAAAUAAAUGAUGUGAUAACUUC